AUGGUUAUGGGUGAUUUCAAAGGAAAGAGAGGAUUAAGGCAAGGAGACCCACUCUUUCCUUACCUUUUUGUUAUUGCCAUGAAUUGCUUAUCAACUAUGCUAAACAAAGCGGCUGAGAAAGGAAAAUUCAACUACCAUGACAAAUGUAGUGCAACAAAAUUAACUCACAUUUGCUUUGCGGAUGAUCUCCUCAUCUCUGUAGAAGAAAUCGAGAUCUUCGCCUCCGGACUAAGCCAACAAGACUGUGACCUGAUCUCCUUCUCCACGGGAAUACCUCAAGGCACGCUGCCAGUUCACUACCUAGGAGUCCCUCUCUGCACUAAAAAGCUAAGCAUGAGCAAGUGCGAAGUGCUCAUACAUCAGGUAAAUACUCGAAUUACCUCCUGGAGUGCCAAAUCCCUCUCUUUUGCAGGCCGUUUAGUUCUCAUUAAGACAGUAAUAGCCGGAAUCUCCACUUUCAGGUGCUCGACCUUCAUCCUCCCGAAAGCUUGCAUAAGAAGAAUCAACUCCCUCUAUAGUUUUUACUUGUCGAAAGGAAACCUAGAAGGUCAUCACUCAGCAAGAGUCUCUUGGGCUCUGAUUAAAAAACCAAAAGAGGCAGGAUGCUUGGAAAUAAAAGACUUAUCUACUUGGAAUAGGGCUUGCUGCCUAAAGCUGAUCUGGCUUUUGUUCUUCCAGUCGGGAUCAGUGUGGGUGGCCUGGUUCAUUAGAGAGAUCUUAGAAGGGAAUGUGAGCAAUUUAUGGACUAUCAAACCUCACCGUGAGAACUCUUGGCUGGCAAACAAGUUGAUAAAGAUCUGA